UCAGCCACAGUCCUAAUAUUAUUUAUAGGAUUUUCUAUAAAUUUCACAUCUGUGUGGUUGCACGAUUGCUUUAAAAUGCUGAAAAUUGGUUGACGAAGUUCGGCAUAAUAUUCCGUUCUAGGAAAAUUGAAAAUAAUAACAUUAUGACAGACAUGACGACAGAAAUUAGUCAAAGCAAAACAAUCUGCAUUCUGGCUGUUGUAGCAGGAUGUUUUGCUAUCCUUUGGCCAUCUUUAUUUUAUCCAAUGCUAAAAGGAUCAUUUGCGCCUCACACUCAUACAGGGUGUUGCAAUGUGCUGUCCAGCACGGACGUGAAUAUAGUUAAAAUAGUUAUGGAUAUAUGUGAUCGUGUAAUUGAAACAACGGACAAAAAAACAAAAUUGGAAAAAUGUCAUAAGGAAAUUUUCAAAACAUGUGCAAUCGAUAUAACUGAUUUAUUCAAUGAAAAUAAGGUUGGAAAAAUUUCGCAUAAUAAGCGUUUACUCGACGAAAUAAGAUCUUUGAAUGGAUCUCUAUGUCUAAAAUACCAUUAUGGAAUUUCCUUGACAAGCUUGGGGGUUACACAUAGGCUUAAAGAAAGCGAUCAUUUAAUGAAUAAUAUUCCGCAAGAAAGAACUCCUGUUCACUUAAGAGCCUCCAAAGCGUCAAUGCAUCCAGCAUUAAUGGAAAAAGGACGGGCAAUUCCCCAACCUCAUAUUGGACCUAGACAUGGUAGUCCAACUCCUCACAGUUUCAAACCACCAAUGCCAGGAUCAAGACCGACAAUGGGAGGUAUGGGCGGCAGUAAUAAAAUCACUGGAGGAGAUGGUGGUAGUGCCAUGAAUAUACUGAUGCCAAUGUAUACAAUUGGAAUACUUCUUUUUUUUGUGUACACUAUGAUGAAGUUGCUGUCAAAAAAAGACGACGUUGAAGAUACUAUUGAUGAUAAAUAUUCUUCACAUUAUCCUUGUGGCAGAGAUAGUAAAUCAAAGCUACAGCCGCAGAAUCUUCCAACAAAAUUAGGAUUCGUUGAAAAGGAUACGAUCGUGAACGCGUUUUCGUCUUUAUUGGAAGACGUGAAUCGAGAAAUAUUAUCGUCUAUAAUUGAAAAAGAAAACGUUCCCACAAUAAUUGAAAACGAGGAUUUGAAAAACGAAAAUAUUGAUGAGGGGCAAUGUCCAACACAAACGAUAUUCAAUGACAUCGUAAAUGAUAAAAUUACCACUAAAAAGUCUACUCCAUCAGAGGAAUCGAACAGUAUUAAAUCUUUAAACACUUCUGAACCGCACGAUGAAAACAUUACAGAUUCGGAAAUUUCCGUAAAAAAAAUUAUUCAAGUCGUCAAUAUGGAAACAUCUGAAAGUGUUGGUGGUGGUCAUUAUUGGACUCCGACUGAAAAAGAGAAAAUACCUUCUAAAUGUAAAACAACAUCUACAGAAGAACCUAUUUCUCUACUCAUUCCUGGUACGAUUCCUAAGAACUCUCAAGUUUUAAUAAGCGAUGGUCCACACAAUACUCCCUUAGAAACUGAGGAUCACGAAGCAGUAAUUUCAAGCAAAGUCACAUUGUCAUUAAUACCUGACGAUCGAGUAGAGGAAUACCUAACUAGUGAUGAAGCGGAAGAUAUUACUUCAACUCUAUCAAAUAUUAAUUAAUAUGGCAAAAAAUGAAACAAAUGUAUGGUUUUCCUAUAUUUAAUAAUUAUAUGACAAGUAAAUAAUACAUUCAAUGUACAUGCACGAUUUUAAAAUAGGUAAUGACUGGGGAUUUGACGAAGAGUAAUAAAUAUGGGAGUAUUGGGAGUGGGAAUUUUAUUAUGAAAGUUUUUAAUUGCACAUUUGUAAUGUACUUAAUUAUUUUGUGGUAGAUUUUAAUAUUAUAUCUAUGAAUGAGCCAUUGUAAUGAACUUUUUAAUCUAUGUAAACAAAUAUGUGAUCAGUAUUAUUUUAUGUAUCUACCUAUAGUAACUAUAGUAUAGUUUGUCAAUUUAUAAGUACAUUUUCUGUUACUUUUGAAGUACUCUAGACUGAUAAUGUUGCCAAAUGAUUAGCAAACAUUUCUUAAAUUUCUUGUACUUUACCUGUAAUAAAUAUCUUGUCAAAUCAAAAAAUGUAUGGUUUUUAAAAAUCAUGUCUUUUUUUAUUUAUUUUAAUUUUUUUUGUCUGGCGUCAAUUUAGAACCAGUACAAAUUGCUUCAACUUAACUAUCUAUAGUUGGUAUUGUAGAAAAAUAAAUUACUUAUAGCAAUAUAAAUAUAUGAUAAAACAUUCUUAUAGGUUGAAAGACGGUCUCCUCAGAAUUUUUUCGUAUGCAACGAUUUUCAAUUCAAAUAAAACACCACAUUUUAGCGCAGAGUGACUUCCUCAGGUUUGUCACAUGUUUUCCUAUUUAACGUAAAUUAUAUUACUGUAUACAGGUUUGAUUUUCCAGAACUUUUCUGUACAUUAUUUUAUUUUUAAAAAGUAAACGUCUUACCUAGUUUAUUUUGUUUAGGAUUAAGUUACGAUAUAAAUAAUAAUAAUAAUUCACUCUAUUUACGUAUGUCACGACUCACAAGGUUGUAUAUUGAACCAAUUCAUAGUAAUAAAUAGUUUAAGUAGGCAGUAGCUAUUAUAAUUUACUUUAAAUUAUACGAUCAUUUCAGUUUAUUCCAGUAUUGCACAAUGCACAUACUUAAAUUAUAGUAUAGAAAAAACAUAAAAGUUACAAAUUGUAUGUCUAUAGUUCUAUACGUUACUUUUAAAAUUUUCCAGCCUCUCAAAAGCCAUAUCACCUCCAUCACAUGC